GUGGGCUGCAAUGUGGGGCAAAGCUCCGAAGAUUCCCCGCGCGACUUCACGGCAUCAGCAUAUGUUGUCCCUCACAAUCAUAUGUCCGCAGAGCAGAUUCCUCAGACAUGUAAGGUCUGACUGGGACGCCGUAACCUGUCAAUCGAUGUCAGUAUGAGCUGGCCCAAGUUGCCCGCCAAAGCGGCAUACUUGACCCUCAACAACCCUCAACGUCGAAAUGCCUUGUCAUUGUCCGUCCUUCGCGACCUGCGAGAUCAAUUGCAUAGGUUUAACACCUCGCCCAAGGACGGAAGGCUGAGAAUUCUGCCCCCAUUCCAUCCGCAGAUCCUACAGAAGCUAGAAGCCGCCGACGAGGCUACCGACUCCUCAGCAGUCGAAGAAUACGGGUGGCUACUAGACGCCUCCAAAUGGAAGGAAGCGCGAGGCGAGCUUCCCAGCGUGCUCGUGCUGCGCAGCGACGGCCCCGUCUUCUCAGCCGGGCACGAUCUCGGCGAACUGCGACAGCUCCCGCACAGCGACGUCAAAGAGACCUUCGCCAUCUGCGCAGAAGUCAUGUCUCUGAUCCGCCGAUCGCCCGCUCCCGUCGUCGGGCGCGUGCAAGGCCUGGCCACCGCGGCGGGAUGUCAGUUGGCUCUAGCUACCGAUCUCCCCGUCGCUGCUGCUGCGACUCAAUUCCGGCUUCCGGGCGCCUCCAUGGGACUGCCGUGCACCUCGCCAUCUUCCGCCGUAAGUCGCCGGCUCGGCAACGCUUUUACAUAUCGCAUGCUGGCCAUGGCCGAGCCGAUUCGAGCAGACCGGCUACCAGGCGGGGCGGUAGAAGUAGUGGCCGACGAGGCUGCGUUAGAUGUAAGAGUGCACGAGAUGGUGGAGCAGCUGGCGGAAAAGACGGCCGCGCAGCCCCAGGCUCUCGGCAAGUGGGCGUAUUGGACACAAGUCGGGUUCAACGGACAGCGUGAUGGUGGCAGUGAUGGGUAUGAGGAUGCCGUGAGCUGGACGGGGCGGAUGAUGGCGCUGCACGCCCGAUCGGCGGAUGCUCGAGAGGGCAUGGAAGCUUUUAAGGGGAAGAGGAAGCCCGAGUGGAAGACGUGAAUGGGUGCUUCUCACUGCAUUUCAACAGUAGAUACCUACAUUCUCAAAAGACUGGCGCCCCCUGACAUGGACCAGCAUCCAAACGGAAAGGACAGUCGCAACCUCGUGAACAAGUUCAACA